AUGGAGAUUGAGUAUUACAGUUUAAGGAUUUUUGUAAAUCAUAUGCAAUAUUUCAACAUUACUCAUCCGUCCGCAAUUUUCCUAUUAAGAAUCUAUGAUGACGACCAACAUGAAAAGACUUUUGGCGUCUGUUGUGCCAGACAAUCAUACAAACGAGAUGUUUGUAAGGAGAAGCAACACACAAUCAACUCCCUCAAAGUUGAUUUGGGGAGAUUAUUGGCGGUAGUAGAGGGUAUUGUGCUUGAAGGCAAUGUAGUAUGA